GUCGUAGAACCUAUUUCCGUUGCGACUCUGAAUUUUGUCUGACAGCCAUAUUGACUUAAAGUUUGAUAAGACAUGCUGCGAGUUGACUCUUAAACAUUUGUGUAUUAUUUAAAUGCGUUAUGACGAAUUGUUUGCUUUAAAAAAAAAAAAGCUUGUCAAAAAAUGAGCGUUAAAAUAGCGUUCUGUGUUUCUGCUCUGCUUUUAGUCGCAGUGACAGUAGCAGAGGAGGUGCUGAACAUACCAGGAGGAAAGAUGUUAAUGGGCACCAAUGCAGCUGAUGGGAGAGAUGGAGAGUCCCCCACUAAGGAGGUCGAAGUGGGUCCUUUUAAAAUAGACAAAUAUCCUGUUACGAAUGCAGAUUUCAGAGAUUUUGUGAGAGCGCAGAAAUACAAAACUGAGGCUGAGACGUUUGGUUGGAGUUUUGUGUUUAAAGACUUUGUGGCUGAAGAGCUGAAGAGCAAAGUCACCCAGAGAAUUGAGUCUGCUCCAUGGUGGUUGCCUAUUGAACGGGUGUUUUGGAGACAGCCUGCAGGACCUGAUUCAGGCAUUCGGGAGCGCCUGGACUUCCCGGUAGUUCAGGUGAGCUGGAAUGAUGCUCAGGCUUUUUGCCAGUGGAAGAACAAGAGACUGCCUACAGAGGAGGAGUGGGAGUGGGCUGCACGUGGGGGGCUGCAAGGUCGGACUUAUCCAUGGGGAAACAAGUUCCAGGUCAAUAGAACCAACCUGUGGCAGGGAUCCUUUCCAGACGAAGACACUGCAGAGGAUGGAUACCACGGUCUCUCUCCUGUCACAGCAUUUCCUCCUCAGAACAGUUAUGGACUGUAUGAUAUGAUGGGAAACACAUGGGAAUGGACAUCCACACCCUUUCACGGAGCACAGCCAAUGUAUGUGCUGCGUGGUGCCUCCUGGAUCGACACAGUGGAUGGUUCAGCCAAUCAUAAGGCUCGAGUCACGACAAGGAUGGGCAACACUCCUGACUCUGCCUCUGAUAACCUGGGAUUCAGGUGUGCUGCCAGUGGGCAUGAACAUGGGAAGAAAAAAGACAAAACAGAACUGUAGCAACAAACAGGGAGUCAAAAAUAUUAAGUGAAGAACAUGUUCAUUUGAGCCAACUGUAACUGAGGUGGAAUUAAUGUAUCUAAUGACAGUUUACAUUGAAAAAAGCCAGGGACCAAUGAAAGAUUAAUGAACACUAUAUUAACAAAUGAUGAUGGUGACAGGAAGCUCUGAGUGUAAAAACAAACAGUUUCUCCUGUGGAGAACUUAGAUUUUUAAAUGAAUUUGAUGAGGAUUAAAUGAGCUUUCUAAUACAUAAAAUUAAAAAAAAACUUUCCAAGAAAAGUUCUCAGUUCAAAUGUCUCCAUGACUUACUGAAUGAAAAAAAGUAGGACACUCUGUCAGCACUGGUGGUUGCUGUGUUAACUCUUUUUAUGUGGCCAGAGAGUAAAGUGGUCCACUGGUUUAGUCACAACCUUCUCUAAUUCUGCCUUUGUCUUUCUGUUUACUUUCCCAUCUCGAGGUCCAGUGGAUCCUGUCCAGGAUCCACUGGACCACAGGAUCUCGUCUCUGCUUUUUGCAGACGACGUUGUCCUGUUGGCCCCAUCAAACCAGGACCUCCA